GUCUGAUGUUCGCUAGCUUACCAGUUUUCACGAGGAUUCUUGAUGCCUCGCAUGAAAAGUCACCGUGAAUCUUUGAAAGGCUUGUUUUGAGAAAGGUCUUUCUUUUCAUUCAAAAUGGCUGAAGCGGUAACUUCAGCGCGACRAGGAGUUUUGGACUUCAGUCCGGUAAGGAGAAGCGACGCUAACAAGGAGAAUGAUGUUCCGGUUCUGAGCUUGAUCCAGUUCUCGAAGCCUCCGUUUGUGACUUUCGGCACGGUAAAGUUGGGCACCUCGAAAUCUGCCGUUCUGCUGGUAGAAAAUCCUAUAGAUGAYAUGAAAGUGGAGGUUACAGUCGAUAAAAUCCCGUCCAGUAAAGGCUUUUCUGUGGACCACAGCACGUUCACUAUUCAGCCUGAGAGUUCCUUCAGUUUGACCGUAACUUGGACUCCAACAGAGGAAGGUGGGAYCAGAGAGCUCCUCGUCUUCAAUGCUGGGGUUCUCAGGCACCAGGCUGUGCUGCUUGGGAGAGCAGAAGCACCAAGAAAGAAAAAGAAAAGCCUAUGGGAUACGAUCAAAAACAAAAGAGAAGGAGGGACAGGGCCACCGACGACAAAGAAAACUGCCCCUCCUUUGAAAAUGACGGCCAACAAAACCUUCCAAGUAUCUCGAAACCCACAGUACCAAAGAGGGAAGCCUCGCAGCCCGCUGGCUUUGCACAACGAAAGAAAAUCUGCGAGAGAGAAUUCUCUCGUAAAGAACGGCUCGGCUGAGCCUACCUGCCUGAAAUUAGUGGARCAGAGGCAUCCAUCCGAGGGAGUCCGUGAUAUUCAGAAGGACUCCCCUGUUGUUCUGCUCGUCCCGGCUGGAAAAUUUGUGGAUUCUGGCAGCAUGUCCGCUAAUCCGGACACUCUGACGGGACAACCUGAAAACAAAGGACUUCCACAAAUGUUGAACAAGACUUUGUCCCCCAUCGGGACACCAGAGAKGUUUAAGAGGCUGAUGCCUCGUAUUCAGUCAGACAGUUCCCUUCCUGCUUCUCUAACGUCUGCCAAUGGUUCAGUUCCUUCUUUGAAAGAAGCUCUCGAUGUCAUCGGCUCUGAUAUGAUUCUUACUACUACCAGAGACUCGAGUUCAAACUGCAUGUUUUCAGAUUCCCUGGAGUCUAACGACAACAAACAYUGCAGCGAUCCUGACAAAGAUAUCGUCGGAACAAUAAACGAUGGCCUCGAGCGGUCUGAACCCAACCAGCCGAGGCUCACGUUUUUUGUCAAUAAAAAAUCCGAGGAAGCAGAUCAAGUUUCGCACAAGGUGAAAAAGGCGUCUUUUACGUCCGCCACCGUGACUAAAGGCAAAGCCCCGGUGCAAGCAAACAGUCCGGGCGGGAGGAAGGUUAAAAAGUCACGUCGAAGGCUCUUAGUGAAAACGCUGGAGCAGUGCGACAAUGGUCCAGGUACUCCCAGCCUUCCCGUCAUAGACACUGAAACGGGGGCCGUGCUGGGUGACGAAGGACAUCUGGUCUCAGAAAUUAGAUCUUCCAGCCCCAAACCAAGACUCGAGGCCUCAUCUGCYCCCGUCACCUUCCCCAUCUCCUCCYCUCCGUGCACGGCUCCAUCUCGCUUCUCUUUCCCAGCUUCACCUGAAGUUCGGCCUGCCCCCGCGCCGACCACCUUCACCGUCGCAGUGUCCGAAGGUGCCUCCGCUGCUUCUGCGCCUCCUCCCGCUCGGGAGGACCCGUUUCCCGUUCAGCUGGCAGUGAAAAGCAAGAAGAGGAAGAGCGACGAAUAUCUGAAGGCCAAGGCUUCUGGGAAACCCGAGCAGUUCAAAAGGAGCAGAGUCGUGGCGGGAAAGAGCGAGCCGCCGAUGUCAGUCCAGGAGAGGAGGAGUGCGUCGCAGCGACGGAGGCUAACGAGUGAGCAGAUUAAGUUUCUUUAUGGAAAUGACUCGGCUCAGUCAGGGAUUACAUCGUCUCUGAAGAUCAGGUCUGCAGCUGCUGUUCAGGCUAAAAAACCAUCGUCCAAGAUCACCUCACAAGCUGCGUCAUCUAUUGGGGCAUCCAGUUCUGUGAAAAUGUCUAAAGURGCGGCCGUAGCUCAGUCAAAACUGACUUUCAUCAAAUCUAUGCAAACAGCUUUACCGAGACAUCCUAUGCCGUUUGCCGCCAAGAACAUGUUCUACGACGAGAGGUGGCUCGAGAAGCAGGAGAGAGGAUUCACGUGGUGGAUCAACUACGUCCUCACUCCCGAUGACUUUAAAGUCAACAAUGAAGUUGCUAAAGUAAGUGCCGUGUCUCUUGCCAUGGGAAACGAUGACAAGUUCAGUGUCCUCAGAGCUCCAACCAAAGAGGAGAUGUCUUUCAGCACCUACACGGCCAAACGGAAGCUGAACCGCCUCCGUCGWGCCGCCUGCCAGCUCUUCACAUCCGAGGCCAUGGUCAAGGCCAUUCAGAGGCUCGAGCUGGAGGUGGAGGCCCGACGGCUGCUUGUUCGGAAAGACCGUCACCUUUGGAAGGACAUAGGUGAACGCAAAAAGGUCCUCAGCUGGCUCCUGUCAUACAAUCCACUGUGGUUAAGGAUCGGCCUCGAGACCAUCUUCGGGGAGCUGAUCUCUCUCGAGAGCAACAGUGACGUGUUGGGUCUGGCUGUGUUCAUCCUUCAGCGGCUGCUGUGGAACCCAGACAUCGCUGCAGAGUUCAGACACGCCCGAGUGCCUCACCUUUACAAAGAUGGCCACGAGGAGGCGCUGUCUCGCUUCACCCUGAAGAAGCUGCUCCUGCUCGUCUGUUUUUUGGACCGAGCCAAAGAGUCUCGUCUGAUCGAACACGACCCUUGUCUCUUCUGUCUGGAUGCAGAGUUCAAGGCWAGUAAAGACCUGCUGCUGGCCUUCUCCAGGGACUUCCUGAGCGGAGAGGGGAUUCUUCCUCGACACCUCUCCUACCUCGGGUUACCAGUUUCCCACGUUCAGGCGCCCCUCGACGAGUUCAACUUCGCUGUGAAGAAUUUAGCCGUUGAUCUGAAAUGUGGCAUUCGCUUAGUACGUGUGAUGGAGCUCCUUGUUCAGAACUGGAGUUUGUCAGCGAAGCUCCGUAUGCCGGCCAUCAGCCGCCUGCAGAAGGUGCACAACGUCGACGUCGCUUUGCAGGCGCUUAAAGACAAAGGGAUAGAGCUGAAGGACGAACACGGUAACAUCAUAGACUCCAGAGAUAUUGUGGAUGGACACAGAGAGAAAACUCUGAGCCUCCUGUGGAAAAUCCUYUUUGCUUUUCAUGUAGAGGUGAUUCUGAACGAGGAUGAGCUCAGAGAGGAAAUCGUCUUCCUGAAGAGAACGCUGAAGAUUAAACGGAGGCUGGCCUCUCUGAGGGCGGACUGUGGUGUUCCUUUGAGUCCUGCAGAGACCAGGAGGCCGUAUGAACACACGAGCACAAAGAUCACUCUGCUGAUGGACUGGGUCUGCGCUGUGUGUGACUUCUACAACCUGAAGGUGGAGAACUUCACCGUUUGUUUCUCUGAUGGUCGCGUCCUCUGUUGCCUCAUUCACCACUAYCAUCCCAGCCUCCUGCCGGAAGGAUCCAUCAGUUUCAGGACCACCCAGACCGUGGAGUGCUCCCCCAGGGGCCGAGUGGAACUGAACUGUUCGGGCAGCGACUCRGACAGCUCCAUUGCCUCCACGCCAGCGGGCACCAACGAUUGUCCAUCUGUGGUUUUUAAAGAGCUGCUGGAAAACGAGAAAAACAACUUCAGGCUGGUGAACACUGCUGUGGCUUACCUGGGGGGAGUUCCAGCCAUGAUCAACCCUGCAGACAUGUCCAACACCAUCCCCAGUGAGAAGGUUGUGAUGUCCUACCUGUCCUUCCUCUGUGCUCGUCUCUUGGACCUUCGGAACGAAACCCGAGCAGCUCGAGUCAUUCAGGCUGCGUGGAGGAAAUACAARCUGAAGGAAGACCUGCUGCUCUAUGAGGAAAGAAAUAAGGCRGCUGUGAAGAUCCAGGUGGUGGUGAGAAGUUUCCUUCAGAAGCGUCGAGCUGAGAGGCAGAGUCGAGCCGCUGUACUCAUCCAGUCAUUCUGGAGGGGUUUUGCAGCACGACGCUCRCUGAGGCUGAAAAAAGAGGCUCUGCUUCGGGCCGUGCACCACAAAGCAGCAACUGUCAUUCAGGCUCAGUGGAGGAUGUUCUCCACCUUGAGGUCUUACCAGCGUCUCAGGUAUUACACCAUAGUAGUUCAAGCAGAGUGGAGGAUGAGGAGGGCUGCCAUCGCUUACGGAAAAAUCUACMAGGCAGCCACAGUCAUUCAGAUGUACGCUCGAGCUCACGCUCUCUCAAGAAGAGAUCGAGAGCAUUAUCUCCUCCUUAAAACGUCAGCGGUGAAACUACAGAGGGCGUACAGGAGGUGGAAAGCUCAGAAAACACAAAGGGAAAACCAUGCUGCCGGAGUGAUACAAGCCGCUUUCAAAAAGUGGUCCAAGAAACGACUGGCUCAGAGAUCUGCCGCUGCUGUAACAAUUCAGUCUUGGUACAGAAUGCAGCUGUGUUUCCACCGAUACAGAAAGCUCAAGAGAAGCAGCGCGUUCCUUCAAGCUCACUUCCGAAGCCUCCARCAGAGGCGCCGCCUUCAGAUGCUGAAGCUGCGGCACCGCUCCGCUCUCGUCAUCCAGAGGGCCUUCAGAGGGCACGCCGUCAGAAAACGGCUCGCGACGCGGCGACAUGCCGCUGCGACGAUCCAGCGCCGGUGGAGAGCGUCURCGAAAAGAGACGUCGAAAGAGGGAGGUUUCUCAGGCUGAGGCGUGCCGCCGUCACCCUACAGGCGGCUUACCGAGGACGAGCCGCUCGAGGGCUGCUGAAACGGCGACACGAGGCGGCAACGGCGAUCCAGGCAGCUUUUAGGAAACGCGCCGCUCAAAGGCGGUACCUUGUCCUGAGAAAGGCUGCGGUUGUGAUACAGCAGAGGUACAGAGCUGCAGUUACUGCUCGUAAAGCGAAGGAGGAGUACGAUGCUUUUAAGAGGGCUGCUCUGCUUCUACAAGCAAACUGGAGAGGCAGAGCRGAAAGGAAGAGGAUAGAAAUUUGGCGUCAGUGUGCAACCCUCAUCCAGACUUAUUAUCGUCGACACAAAGCUCAAGCGGAGUACAGAUCCAAGAAAGCAGCUGCUGUCGUCAUACAGCGUCAUUACAGGGCUUUCUUGACUGGAAAUGAGAUAAGAAWAGCAUUUAUACAGAAGAAAACGGCCUGCAUGGCUCUCCAAGCUGCAUUCAGGGGCAUGAGGGUUAGAACGGAGCUAAGAGAGAAGCACCAGGCUGCAACAAUCAUUCAGUCUGUGGUUAGGAUGUUUUUAUGCAGAAAGCGAUACRUUCUGCUCCAGAGCGCAGCGAUCAUCAUCCAGUGCAGAUACAGAGCUCUUCUCCUCUACAGGGAGCAGCGAAGCCRGUUCAGGGAGCUAAAGGAAGCCUCCUUAAAGAUCCAAGCCGUGUUMCGUGGAUUCGCAGCGAGGAGAGAGCUGAGGAGGAGACGCGACGCCGCCCGAGUAAUCCAAGCUCGGUUCAGGAUGCGCAGGAUUCGCACGGCUUACCUGGCCACCAAGCUUGCUGCCAUUAUCAUCCAGCGGCGCUACAGGGCUAACGUGCUCAGGGACGAACAGGUGCGGAGGUACAGAGCAAUGAGUUCUGCAGCCGCGGUCAUCCAGGCGGCAUACCGUGGGCUCAAGGUCAGGAGGAGGAUCGCAGAGAUGCAACGAGCUGCCACAAUCCUGCAGAGGAAGUUUUUGACCAUUCGAGCUAGAAGGCAGUUCUUAGCUAUCAAGGCAGCAGCUUUGACUUGCCAGCAGAGGUACAGGGCAACAACCCUGGCGAAGGAACUCCGACAAGACUAUUUGUCAAAGCGCAGAGCAGUGSUUUGUCUUCAGGCUGCCUGCAGAGGACACGCAGCUAGAAAGCAGCUGCGCAUCAGACUGAUGGCAGCUGUAACCAUUCAGGCUCACUUCAGGAGGUACCAACAGAGAACCAACUACAGACGACUCCUCUGGGCUUGCAAUGUGUUGCAGGAACGUUACAGAGCAAACCAAAAAAUGAGAGCAGAGGUGCAAGCGCUGAGUACCAAGAAAAACGCUGCUGUUGUUUUACAAGCUGCCUUCCGUGGAAUGAAAUCAAGACAGACGUUAAAACAAAAACAUCAAUCCGCCACURUUAUUCAGAGAACUUUUAGAUCCCACCGUGAACACAAGCAGUAUCUUGCCCUAAAGUCUUGUGUCCUCAAAGUUCAGCACAGAUACCGAGCCAAUAGAGCUGCAAGUAAACAAAAGAAACAAUAUGAACAAUUACAAAGAGCAACAAUCGUUAUUCAGGGAGCCUACAGAGGACACAAAGUCAGGAAGGAGGUUGUUCUUUGGCAUCAGGCUGCGACUGUGAUCCAAUCUGUGUUCAGAAAACACAAAGAGCGAGUCAAGUUUCAGGCAAUGAGACUGUCCACCAUCAUCAUCCAGAGACGCUACCGUGCCUGUGUGCUUCAGAGGAGAGCCAGAGAACACUUCCUGACAAUAAAACAGUCUGCUGUUGUUCUUCAGGCAGCGUUUAGAGCUCAUCGUGUCAGGACUGAAGUGACAAAGAUGCACAGAGCAGCUACAGUCAUCCAGGCAGGCUUCAGACGACACAAACAGCAGGCGGCCUUCAGGAGACAACGCUGGGCAGCUGGUGUCUUACAGCAGAGGUUUAGAGCUCAGAGACAGAAACAAGUGGAGGUAAAACAUUACCAGGGGGUCAGAAAGGCAGCCGUUCUCCUGCAGGCUGCAUAUCGAGGAAUGAAAUCCAGACAAAUCAUCCAACAAAGACAUCGGGCUGCCAGAAUAAUACAGAGAUCUUAUCGAUCCCACUGCGAACACAAGAACUAUCUUACUCUAAAAUCAUCUGUUCUGAUCAUACAGAGGAGAUAUCGGACCAAAGUAUCAGCUAAAAACCAGAAAAGACAAUAUGAACAAUUACGAAAAGCAACAAUCAUUCUUCAGGCAGCCUACAGAGGACACAAAGUCAGGAAGGAGGUUGUUCGUUGGCAUCAGGCUGCAACUGUGAUCCAAUCUGCGUUCGAGGAGAGCCAGAGAACACUUCCUGACAAUAAAACAGUCUGCUGUUGUUCUUCAGGCAGCGUUCAGAGCUCAUCGUGUCAGGACUGAAGUGACAAAGAUGCACAGAGCAGCUGCUGUCAUCCAGGCAGGCUUCAGACAACACAAACAGCAGACGGCCUUCAGGAGACAACGCUGGGCAGCUGGUGUCUUACAGCGGAGGUUUAGAGCUCAGAAACUGGGACGACUGCAUGUAAAGCAUUACCAAGAGGUUAGGAAAGCUGCCAUCGUCUUGCAAGCUGCGUUUCAAGGAAUGAAGACCAGACAACGUAUCAAACUAAGACAUCGGGCCGCCACAGUUAUUCAGAGAGCCUACCGGGCCCGCUGGGAAAGGCAGCAGUAUUUGAAACUGAAAGCAGCGGCACUCACAGUUCAGAGAAAGUAUCGAGCCACCGUCCGAGCCAGAUCUGAGAGACACAGAUUUGUCCAAAUGAGGCAGGCUGCCAGAGUUUUCCAGAGAUGCUUCAGAGCCUGGAGUGCAAAACAACAGGUAUUAAAGGCAGCUCAGGCAGAGCGGAGACUUCGGUUCACUUCUGCGAUCUUCCAUCAUCUCAGUGCCAUAAAGGUCCAACGAGCUCUGAGAGCUCACUGGGCUUUGGAAUCGGCAAAAAGACAGAUCCAUUCUGUCAUCACCAUACAGCGAUGGGUGAGAGCCAGGCAGCAGAGGAGACGAUACCUGGAGGACAGGAGGAAGGUGAUCACAGCACAGAGAGCUGUGAAGUCCUGGUUUGCUCGUCGCCACACGGCUGCCUCCAUCAUCCAGCAGGCUGUCCGGAAAUUCCUCGUUAUCAGACACCAGAAGAGGGUUGAACGGGGCAUCGUUAAGGCUCAGGCUCUGUGGAGAGGACACCGCUCCCGCCAGUUGAACGACAGCGCAAAGCUUGUGAGUUUGAGGCACCGCCUGCGUCUGACCUCUGCUGAAGUCCGAGAGGAGGACAAACUCUGCAACAAGACCACGUCUGCAUUGGACUACCUUCUUCGAUACAAACACUUCUCCUAUAUUCUAGAUGCCCUGAAAAACCUAGAAACCACCACCAGACUUUCACCAGCGUGCUGUGAGCGGCUGGUGGAGAGCGGGGCCACAAAGGUCAUCUUCACACUGAUCCGCUGCUGCAACAGGAGCGUCCCCUGCAUGGAGGUCAUCACCCUCUCCAUCCAGGUCCUCCUCAACCUCUCUAAGUACCACAAGACCAUAGAGGCAGUGUAUUCCGUGGACAACUCUGUGGAGACGCUGCUGGAUUUGCUGCAGAGRUACAGGGAGAAGGUGGGAGACAAAGUGGCUGGAAAAGGCGGGAGCAUUUUCACCAAAACCUGCUUCCUCCUGGCUCUCCUGUUCCAGGACGAACACCGAGCCGAGGAGGUCAAGAAGAUUCCUAAAGCUGUGGACAAAUUGCUCAGCAUCUACAAGCUUACUGCUCACAAACACAAGCUGGACGCAGAGAGGACCAUCGUCAAGCUGAAAAUGAACGCUUCGUUCAACAGCAGUUCACUGGCAACGCCUCGGAAAGCUGGCUCUGUCCCAAAAUUCGCUCCAGACUGGGUCCUUACCAAAAACAAAAUGAGAGAAAUUGUUGAUCCUCUCGGUGCGAUUCAGCUGGUGGCCAACACCCUCUCCCUUGUUUUAUAGGUUUUAGAGUUUA